AGUGCAGUUGCGCCUGUCAACUAGUAGCCAUUUGACUUCCAUGUCGUAAGGUAUAUUGUUUUUUUAAAUUUUCUACCCUUCUAAGAAAAGAGAAAACGCGAUUCAUAAUUUAUCAACAAUACAGGAGAAAUAUUCUUUGAGAAAAAAAAAGCAAAAAUCGUUACCUUCAUUCGUUAAAUUCAAACAGAGCCGAAAAUCGCGAGUGUUGUUUAAUUGCAUCAAAAAUAAUCGUUUAACAUAUUUCUUCAUAUCAAAUACACUUUUUUGAAAAAAAAAUUUCUUCCGAAGGAUAAAACCUAAAGGUAAUCCUACUGGGAAUGUUGGACUCUUUUGUCACUCGAGCAUCUAGCCAAGAGGGUUCCGGAUAUUUGAAACGAGCAAAUAGUGAUCGGCUUAAUGAAAUCUUCAAUCAGUAUGCCACGCAAGAGAAGAAUGGCGAGAGGUUCAUGACUCCGGCUGACUUUGUUCGGAGUUACCUUGGCCUUUACACUGAUGCCGAUUUCAACCCUGACUCUGUCAAGUUACUCGCUGGUAUCCUUGAUACCAACAAAGAUGGACUCAUCUCAUUUGCUGAGUUUCAAUCUUUCGAGGGCCUUCUCUGCGUGCCCGAUGCACUUUAUAAGACGGCCUUUCAACUCUUUGACACUAAUGGAAAUGGAAUGGUUGCAUUUGAAGAGUUCGCUGAGGUGAUGCGAAAAACUGUUUUGCAUCAGAAGAUGCCUUUUAACAUGGACAGCAGUUUUAUAAAAUUGUACUUUGGAAAUGACAAAAAGAGGCUCAUCAGUUAUGCAGAAUUCAGUCAGUUCCUACAUGAUUUCCAUGAAGAAUAUGCCACUGAGGCCUUUAAGAAAUUCGACAAGGACGGCAGUGGUUUUAUAACAGCUCUAGAUUUUCAGGACAUUAUGCUAAGCAUAAAAAGUCAUCUCCUCACUAAGGACGUUAAAGAUAAUUUAAUCACGGCAGUCAGUGCUGGACACACUUCGAAAAAAAUAAGUUUCCCUUAUUUAAUGGCUUUCAGUUCUCUCCUUAAUAAUAUGGAGUUGAUUAAACGAAUCUAUUUGAAUGCAACGAAUGGUCAUAGAAAUCAGGAAGUUACGAAAGAGGAAUUUCUUCAUUCUGCACAAAUGAUGUCUCAAAUAACACCAUUGGAAGUCGAUAUUCUAUUUCAUCUUUGUGAUUUGCUACAUCACACGGGAAAGAUCGUUUACAACGACCUUGUGGCAAUUACUCCUGAACAGUAUUUCAAGCAAAUAACUAAAAGACUCGCUGAAAUUAAAGCCGUUUCCAGUCCGGAGGAGCGUGGAGUUCUAGUGCAAAUUCUCGAAAGCAGCUACAGGUUCGUCCUUGGAUCCAUUGGUGGAGCUGUGGGUGCGACGGCAGUUUAUCCCAUUGAUUUGGUGAAGACACGAAUGCAAAAUCAAAGAACUGGUUCAUUCAUCGGUGAAUUAAUGUACAGGAAUAGUUUCGAUUGUUGUAAAAAGGUGAUAAGACACGAGGGAUUUUUUGGACUCUAUCGUGGAUUGGUGCCACAGUUAAUGGGAGUUGCACCUGAAAAAGCCAUUAAACUCACGGUCAAUGAUUUUUGCCGAGACAAAUUUAGUGAUAAAAAUGGAAAUAUUCCACUUAUGGGAGAAAUCGUUUCUGGCGCUUGCGCCGGAGGCUCUCAAGUAAUUUUUACAAAUCCUUUGGAAAUCGUGAAAAUUCGUUUGCAAGUGGCUGGAGAAAUUAUGGGAGGACAAAAGGUCAGGGCCUGGGCAGUUGUUAAGGAACUGGGACUUUUUGGAUUGUAUAAAGGAGCUAGGGCUUGUUUCCUGAGAGACGUGCCCUUUAGCGCCAUUUAUUUUCCAAUGUACGCUCACACAAAAGCGAGAAUGGCCGACGAAGGAGGAUACAAUACACCAUUGUCACUCCUUAUAUCGGGUGCAAUUGCUGGUGUCCCUGCUGCUGCUCUUGUUACCCCCGCUGAUGUCAUCAAAACACGUCUACAGGUCGUUGCAAGAAAAGGACAGACGACCUACAAUGGACUAAUGGACUGUACGAGAAAAAUUUAUCGAGAAGAAGGAGCGAGAGCAUUUUGGAAAGGGGCGACAGCCCGAGUGUUCAGAUCGUCACCGCAAUUCGGAGUCACGCUCUUUACGUACGAGCUUCUUCAGAGGUUGUUCGUUGUCGAUUUUGGAGGAUCACGACCAAGUGGAUCAGAACUGAAAGUUCCGUCGACGGGUGUUGCCGAUGAGAUCCGAUCGACAAAUCCUGAUCACAUAGGCGGUUACGAAGUAGCGCUUCCAAUUUUCACUGGAAUCGAGUCGAAAUUUGGCCUUUGUUUACCGAGGUUUCAAGCCUUGAGUAAUAAAUAAAUUUUUAAAGGAGGAAGAAAAUAUGCAGACACACACACACUGACAAAGUAAUCCAAAAGUAAUUUUCUACUGUACAGAACCAAGUUCAACUAGCCUGCUCAUUCCUGCGAGGCUUUCUAGUUAGUCAAAGAAUAAUAAUGACAUUUUUUUGUGUCUGUAUUAUAUAUAGGUACAUAGAUAAUGAUAAAUGAUAUUCGGAAGAUUGUAAUUUUUUCCCAAAAUCAAUACGCUUAAACGUAAAAACUUGAAUUUCAAAAGUCUUAUGAUGGCUUUUUUUGAAAACAAAAAAAAUAAUGUCAAUUUUGAGAUUUUCCAUCAAUCGGAUUUUGGAAUUCCUUUUGCUUGACUUUAUUUUAUUUUCUAAAUAGUUGCAUUUAAAAAUCUCAGUUCAAUUUCUUUCCCCAGGGAUAUUUUCUUUUAAUUAAAUUGUUAUUAAAUCGAAGAAAAAAUCUCUCGUUAAAAGUGUCGUUUGCCAACAAUUUUAAAAAUUAAUCAAAAAAUAGUUCAUUUUUACGUAUUAUGUAGAGAUAAGAGAAUAUUCAAAAAAAUUAAUUUCUUAAAAAUUACAUUUUUAAAAUAAAUAAAUAAAUAAAUUUUAGAAACAAAAGAUAAAUUUAAAGAAAAAUUGUUAAAAAGUUUUAUAUAUUAGAUCAAAAAUUGAAAUAACUUUUCGAAUAAUUAAUUUAUUAUGAAAAAGAAAUAAAAAAACAUUCAAAAAUAAGACAAGUAUUUUUACACUUUCAUCGAGAGAGUUAUGAAAUACCCCAAAGUUCAAUAUCAAUAAUAUUGCGUCCCGUUUUGUGUUAGUUUUGAAAUUUUCUUUUUUUAAAAAAGAAUUUCUCGUUCGAACUGAGUGAAAAUAAGGAAAGGCUCAGGUUGAUAAAGGUUCAACUUUCAUUCCUGAUUGUAAAUACGAAAAUAUGUAUAAAUAUUUAAAAAAAAAAAAACAAUGAAGCACACGAUUCACAGAUAUGUAUUAUAUUAAGAUCGAGAAAAACCGUCACUAUGAUUUUUUUUACAAUCGACAAAAAAUUAGUUAUUGAUGUUAAAAAAGCACCUCUAAGUCUUCAUUUCCUGUAGAUCUCGCUUAGGGAAAAUGCACAAUAGGACAUUUGAAUUUUUCUCUCUUUUUCCUUUUACUAAAAUAUAUUUUCAUUGAGAAAAAUACUGUAUACUAGUUAAAAUUUUUUUUUUUAUUAUUUUAAACAGAUUUUAAAAAUUGGUAUAUUAUUUUAGGUAAAUUGAUUGAACACAGUAAAUAGAUGAUAAAUAAAUUAAUAAUGUAGAUAAACAAAAGACUUAAAUAAUAAAUAUAAAAAAUAGUAAUAAAGUAAAUAAAUUUUGUUAACUUUAUUAAUCUUACUAUUUAAUAUUAUUUUUUUACUUUUUUAUUAUAAAAAUUUAUGAAUUAAAAUUUAUUUCGAAUUGAAUGAUUGUGAAACUUGAGGAAAAUUCAAGCGUCUUUGCAGCACAAAACCAUUGAAAUAUUCAGAGUCGUGAUAUUUAUAAUUUUACAAAUGAAAUCAAUUUGAGCAGAAAAUUAAAAAUCUUUUCCAUAUAUUUGCAAUAAUUUCUAUCUAUUACAAUUAUUUGUUAUUAUUCUUAUUUUUAUAAUUCAAAAUUCUAACACAACUUCAUUAUUUUUAAUAAUACUCAAUUUUUGUCACGACUCGAGUUUUCUUCAGGAUAGUUUAGAUUUAAAUAAAAACAUUUUUAUUCCUUAAAAAAAUAAUUUUCACCAAUUCAGAACAAAUUUCUGAAUUUCAAAGUUUCUAAAGUGUUCCGAAAAAAGAAGUUUCGUCCACUUCCGCAAAAUAUUACAACAUCUACAUAAAAAGGAUGGAUGUUUUUUUUAAAAUGAAUUUUAAUGUCCAAAUUUAUUAAUAGCUUUUUGUGAAUUUUUAAAGAUGUUUUAGAAUAUGAAAAAAUGUUUUAUAUAGACAGAAAAAAAGUGUUUUUUAGAUGAUAACAAAUUUGAUAACUAGAUAGAUUUUACAAAAAAAUCAUGUUACAAUUGACUCAUGUAUGUCGAUAUUUUUAGCCCUUUAUUAAGUCUAUCUGCCGAGUUAUGAGGUCUUUGUUAUAAUUUAUCAAUAUUUUAUCUAAAAACUGCGGAUUGUAUUUGUAUAAAACAAUAUUAUGUAUAUCUAUAUAUCUGUAAAUCAAAAAUGGAACACAAUAUUGUCGAAAUUAUUAUGCGAUCACGCAUCUAUUUUAAAACGAAAAUAAAAUAUUUCGACGAAAA